GACCAGAUCAAUGGCACAAAAAUUACCCAAUUGCCAAAGGACGUCGUCAGUCACCUAUUGAAAUCAAUAACAAAGAUGUGCAUUAUGAUCGCUCCCUGCUACCGUGGUUUGCCAGUUAUGAUCCUGGUGCAGCUAAGACCAUCCUCAAUAAUGGGAAAACCUGCAGAGUUGUAUUUGAUGAUUCCUUCGAUAGAUCAGUGCUGAGAGGUGGGCCACUUCCAGGAGUCUACAGGCUGCGUCAGCUUCACUUCCACUGGGGUUCGUCUGAUGACCAUGGCUCUGAACAUGUGGUGAAUGGAGUGAGAUAUGCAGGAGAGCUACAUUUGUUACACUGGAAUCCCAAAUACAGCAAUUACCUCGAUGCUGUGAGAAGAACUGAUGGAAUAGCUGUUUUGGCCAUAUUUUUGCAAGUAGGGAAAACUCCCAAACUAGAGAUGAAGAGAAUUCUCGAAGAAAUAAAUGCUAUCAAAACCAAGGGGAAAGAAGCUCCUUUUCCAAACUUUGAUCCUUCAAUUCUGUUCCCUAAAUCUCGUGACUACUGGACGUACCAUGGGUCUUUCACUACUCCCCCUUGCGAAGAGUGCAUCACCUGGAUUGUUCUAAGAGAGCCUAUCGUAGUCAGCUCAGACCAGGUAAACUUCAAAUUGAUAAUAUUUUAUCCACUUCAUUCUAGUUACGUGCCAUAA